AUGGGCGCUUUGGAUUCAAUCGCCGGAGGAACCGCCAAUCCUACCGCCGCUGCCCUCACCAUGCUGAACGGGGCAGAGAGCCAAAGUUUCGCCAAGGAGCCGCCAGACCUCCAGGGAACGACGACCAAAGACCCCGCCGAGCUGAAAAUGGGCGUCCAUCAGGAGCGCUUCUACUUCGCCGAGCCCCACAUGCAAGAAGGCAGCUGUAACUUAGGACUGACCUACGGCGGACAGAUGGUACAAGGCGGCUUUGGGGUGGGCAACGCGGCCCCAUCGGGCAGGUUUUUUGGGCCAGCCGUGAACAACUGCGCCUCUUACAGACCCCAGCCGCCUCCCCCUGUUCCUGCCCCCUCUUCGGCGGGCGCUCCAGGGAAUCCUGGCUACUCGGUAUCAGCCAGCGAGCUCUAUCCGAGCACCGCGGACCUGUACGCCAGCACGCCCGGCGGAGAGGGCUGCUACUCGGCUGCCGUUCAGCACAUGUUUCCGCGGGGGCCUCUCUACCCAGUUCCAGGCUAUCAAGUCUCCGGAAAGAUCCAGGUGGUCCUCAACAACUAUCCUCUCUGGGCCAAGUUCCACAAGCACCAGACGGAAAUGAUCAUUACCAAACAGGGCAGGAGGAUGUUCCCAUUUCUGAGCUUCAAUAUCUCUGGGCUGGACCCUGUGGCACAUUACAGCAUCUAUGUGGACAUUGUAUUAGUGGAUCAGCAUCACUGGCGGUACCAAGGUGGGAAAUGGGUUCAGUGCGGCAAGGCAGAAGGAAAUAUGCCAGGGAAUCGGACAUACAUGCAUCCAGAUUCUCCCAACACUGGAGCCCACUGGAUGCGACAGGAGAUUUCCUUUGGGAAGCUGAAGCUCACCAACAACAAAGGAGCUUCCAACAAUAUCACACAGAUGAUUGUGUUACAGUCCUUGCACAAAUAUCAGCCACGGCUACACGUCACCGAGGCCAAGGAAGGUGAGGUGGACGAGGUGCACCCUUCCAUCUGCACCCAGACCUUCACUUUCCCCGAGACUCAGUUCAUCGCCGUCACAGCAUACCAGAAUGCAGACAUCACCCAAUUGAAGAUAGACCACAAUCCUUUUGCCAAAGGCUUCCGGGACAACUUUGAUUCGAUGUACACUGCAACAGAGGGAGACCGCACCACUCCAUCACCACCCAAUGCUGCCAACUGCCAGCAGCUCCUGGCAGGCAGCCGUUUCCAGCCCUUCUUGCACGACCAGUACUCACUACCCCAGAGCCGUUUCUACAACAGGGAGCGCACCCCUCUACCCUUGCAGCCCAAGGAUGCCCACCACUGGUAUUUCGCCUCACAGCAGCCACCCCCUGCCCCUCUGGAAUACGGCACCUAUGAGGGCGACUAUAGAGGGAACAAAUUUAUGCCCUAUGGAGUGAAGCCUUUUGCUUUGCAGGCGUCUCCGCACCCCUCAUUGCCCUACUACCAAGAGCAUCCCUUUGGUCCUCCCUCUGCCUGGAGCUCCCCAGCUCAGUAUCAUCACCCCAAGCCCACGCCGGGGGCCUUGGGCUGGUUACGGCCCGUGAGGGACUUGCAGGCAUUGCCCUCUGGAGACGAGAAAGGGAAGGACAGCGAGGGCUGGGCAGAGCCAGGCUCGGUGAAAUCGGCAGAUUCCUCAGACUCGGGGUUGUACGAAGCCGAAUGCAAACGCCGCCGGGUGUCUCCUUAUGUCUCCAGUGCUGAAAGUUCACCACCCAUCCGCAACGGCGAUCUCUAUGACAAAGAAGGCGGCGAUGCUGGUUACUAUGGCUUCUAUGGCAACUGAAGGGCAACAGAGAUGUGUAAGGAGAAAGCAGGAGGUGCUCUUAGUAUUUCGGCUCCCUCCUUGUCAUAUCAUGGGUACCUAGUCAAAAGGGGACACCUUCUUGUUGGGGGGAAAGGUCCACUCUUUCACGGGCACUGCUGAAAGGAUUGCUAGGACACAGAAUCAAGUACUUUCUGGUCAGACUUCCCCCUCCAUGCAACAACUUCCAGGUGCUAGUUGUCUUGUGUUAAGCAUGGAUUCACACACAGAUUUGUGAAUAGGGAUAUGCAAGCCCACACAACGAUGUGUACAGAUCUGGGUUCUGGAUAUAUUCAUGCACAAGGGCAUUUGCUCAUGUGUGCCACAAGCAACAACCCUGUCCGCGCACACACAAACACACGUGUGCGUGCACUCAGAUCGAAAGACACAAAUGUAUCCUCACCCUGAGUAUCUACAAAGCUUCUCUCCCAUCCAUGUUUUGCUUUGGGGCUCUGUCAUUGCUGUACACUAAGAGGGGCAGCUGAAAUGACAUUUCUUAGAGAUCCAAACUUUGGCAAAAAUGCAGAUGUGACUUUUUGAACGUUCUCAGCCUUUGAAACUCAAUUUAGAGGGAUAGAUUUUUUAAAAAACCAACAAAAACCCCACCUUACGUCUUAGUGAUUCAUUUUACUGCAUACUAUAAUGCAAAGUAUCCACUUGUCCAAUUUCUAGACAUGCCCAGUAUAGCUAAAGAGAUUUAUGUACAGAAGCAGGCUUCAGAGUAUGUAUCACUUGCUGAACCAAGGGCGUAAAUCUGAGGUGCAUCUGGCCAAGGUUGCAACCCAUCUGCCAUGCACUGAGUGGAUGGCAGCACCAUAGUACUGACUGGAAUAUGCAUGUGCAUCCUGAUUCCAGCCAUUUCCUUGCACAGCUAGUUGCACAUUGACACCGUUGUUUGCAGCCAGAACUGGAUGAGGAUGAAAACUUUUGCACUCUGUUGUUGGUUGGUUUGUUUUUUUCUCCACCCCCUGAAAUCCUUAAAUCCAACAGCACCUAUACUUGGAACUUUUGCAGGUGGGGAGGUGUCGGGGACUGAACUCAUAUAUAAAUCUGUUUUCUGAAAUCUUGAACUUUCCUGAAACUCAUUUCAGUACUGAGAGCUUAUUAUCACAAUCAAUAUCCUUGUAACUCAAUCCUAAGAAGGAUCAGGACCUCCAAGAUGUGGGAUUCCCCCCCCCCCGCCCAAUUUGGGCUGACUGCAAAAAAUAAAAGAAAAAAGAGCACAAUUCAUUUGUCACAACUACCAUUUCUACCAUUUUUAUAAGAGACUACAGCUGAAUUUGGAUGAGAGCAUUCUUAUCUUGCGAUUAUCUUGCAAUGACAAUCUGUAUCUGGUUGAAGCAGGAGUUAUAGGUGGUGACAGCUUUAGUGUCCUAAAAAUACUCUUGGACCAUUCAUGGCAAACUAUGAGCUUCAUACACCAAGACAAGAACUGACCUAAUGCAUACCAGAAAGACAAGGCAAGAGCUCCUGCCUUGCCAAAGGAAUGCCAAUUCUGUUCUCACCCAGUGUACCUGCUGGAUCACCCCUUGACCAUCUAAACAAGUCAGAGGUUAAAGCCCGUUUUGAUCCCAGCUUAACAGACUGUUAGAACAGGCCUGGCGUGCAAACCAAUACAUGUCCUACCGUUUCUGCUACACAACCAUUCUCAAGUUCCAGUCCAAAGAUGUGCCUCUUCCACCAUUGCCUUUGGCAGUAUGGGAGUUUGCUGCAAGUAACAUAGAAUGAACCAAUACUGCAGUAAUUCCCAUGCCACUAAAAGUAACAAUGGGAUGGGCCUUGGCUGAGAUUCUAUAGUGCAAAUACCUGCCCACCUCUUUUGCUUUUUACAUGCUGGAUCAGCAGCCUAGAACGCCCAUGGCCCAUUCUGGCCUAUGCAAGCUGUGUUCAGCAGUAUGUUUCCCAGGCAGACCCAUCAUAAUAAAAGUGUGCCAAAAGCCUGCUAUGCAGUGUAGUGGAGUGAAGACGAGACAACCUCUUAAUGCAUGCAAAAGGGCAAGGUUUAUGCCACAACCUGCUUUGUUGCAAAUAAUACAGAAUGAGCCAAUGUUCCAUCGCAUAUGCAAUGAUGUGCAUACUCGGAUUUGGGGAGAUGCUCUCCAAACUCAAUGGCAAUACCAAGAAAAGUACAAUCCACCAGCAUAUAGUUACUACUGCUCUUGCGCAGCUGCCAUUCAUGCACAGAAAUAACGUCUCAGUGGAUUGUGCCCAAAGUGAUCAUAGGGCGCUGUCCAAGUCAGACCAUUGGUCCCUCUAGCUCAGCAUCAUUGACACUGACUGGCAGCAGCUCCCCAAGGUUUCUGACAGGUGUUUGUCCCAACCUUACCUGGAGAUGCCAGGGAUUGAACCUGGGACCUUCCGCAUGCAAAACUGAUGUUCUACCACUGAGCUACAGCCAACCCCCAUCAUUUGUGCCCCACCCAAUAUGUAGUUUUAUGAAGAGGAAGACAUAGGUUGUAUUUUUAUACUUAAAUUGCUUCCCCUGCAGAACCCUCCAUCCCCCAAAUCUCAGUGGUGUUUUUAAAAGCCGUGAUCCUGGUAAGACUUGAUGGUCAUUUGGUGAAGUGAAUUUAUUAUUAUGCUAGACAAUCAAUCAAAAGGGGUGCUGUCCCCUCAUAAGCGUUCUUAAUGGCUCAGCAAUCCCUUCCAAGCCUCUUUCGGGAGGUGGGGGGGGUGUCAGUGGGAGUCAGGCUCAGCUCUCUAUUACUGUUUACACUUUUAAAACAAAACAUGUAGAUUUAAAGACACAAUGGUCGUUGUGGUGUUUUGGAGUUCUCUUUUUUUUUCUUCAGGAGAACACAAAUCUUGACAAAUGCAAAUAUUUAUUGAAAGCAAUGUACAGGUUCCCUGUCGGGUUUUUGUUUUGGCUUCAGAAUUUCUCUAAAUAAACUGUAAAGCUGUGGG